UAUGCGUUCUACUAAACCUCUUACCGUGAAAAGCAAAUUUAGAAUAUAACAGUUUACAAUCGUCCAUAUAUGGUUUCCAGUGCCACGGUGAAAUUUCCUUUUUGCUAUUCCUAGCUGUUACGGCCGGCAUAGACAGUGAUAAUUGAUUGCGAAAACAUUCUACCCCAUAGAAUCAAAAAAAUCAGCCAUCUGAAAUAGUACCUUCGAGGAGCGCAAUCCUAAAUUUUUAUUCGAACUUACUGAAAUCGUAGGUGACCGCAUGUGAUGUGAAAGAGAAUACACCGAAGAAAUGAAUGAGUGCAAUAAUAUAAUUGGCAGUAAUUAUUGUUCUAUUUCCGAGUUUCCAAGAAACGACCGAACAAUCUAAGGUUAUAAUACUUAGUGUCGAAACAAAUUUAUUGUGCUUCAAAGAAAAAGAAAACCAAAUCACAUAAGUGCGCGCUACAAAAUUAUCAAUUGUUCAAAUUGAACAGCCUACAGUGAUUAUUUGUGAAACAAAUUUUUUUUUUUUUGAGUGAGAACCGCUACGGAAAAUUAUCGUUAACAAAAUAGGACAACAAAAUGUCAUUUCGCGUAGUAAGGAGUUCAAAGUUCAGGCACGUCUACGGCCAGGCACUGAAACGUGAACAAUGCUACGACAAUAUCAGAGUCUCCAAAAGUAGCUGGGACUCGACGUUUUGUGCGGUCAAUCCAAAAUUCCUCGCCAUCAUAGUGGAGUCGGCUGGCGGUGGUGCCUUCAUCGUGCUGCCUCACAACAAGGUUGGACGUAUUGCAGCAGAUCAUGCAUUAGUUGGAGGACACAAAGGACCUGUUUUGGACAUCGCCUGGUGUCCGCACAAUGACAAUGUUAUCGCCUCCGGAUCGGAGGAUUGUGUUGUCAAGGUGUGGCAAAUCCCGGAUGGCGGUCUAUCACGAACAAUGACUGACCCAGUAGUGGAUCUGGUAUAUCACCAGCGGAGAGUUGGUUUGGUGUUAUGGCAUCCCUCCGCACUUAAUGUACUACUUACAGCCGGAUCAGAUAACUUAAUAGUUGUCUGGAAUGUUGGAACCGGUGAGGUUCUAGUGCGUAUAGAAUGUCAUCCGGAUACGAUUUACAGUGCGUGUUGGAACUGGGAUGGUUCCCAGCUGGUAACGACAUGUAAAGAUAAGAAGAUUCGCAUACUCAAUCCACGGACGGGUGAAAUACUGAAUGAAGCUAUCGCACACGAAGGCUCGAAAGCGACACGUGCAAUAUUUUUACGACACGGACUGAUCUUCACUACAGGCUUCAACCGAUCCUCGGAGCGACAGUACUCUUUGCGAGCGCCGGACGCCUUAGGAGAUCCCAUUGUGAUGGUAGAUUUGGAUACAUCAAACGGUGUAAUGUUCCCCCUGUACGAUCCGGACACUAAUCUGAUUUACUUGUGUGGCAAAGGUGAUUCUGUCAUCCGCUACUUCGAAGUAACACCGGAACAGCCAUUCGUGCAUUAUAUCAAUCAGUUCCAGACACCAGACUCGCAGCGAGCUAUUGGCAUGAUUCCGAAGCGCGGUUGUGAUGUCAGUACUUGUGAGGUGGCAAGGUUUUACCGGCUCAACAAUAGCGGUUUGUGCCAAGUGAUCUCAAUGACAGUGCCUCGAAAGAGUGAACUCUUCCAGGAAGACCUCUAUCCAGAUACACUUGCGGACGAAGCGUCGAUAUCGGCGGAAGAUUGGAUAUCCGGUGUCGAUGCCGAUCCCCAACUUGUAUCCCUCAAAGACCGUGUUUUUGUUGAAAAGGGUGGCUACGUCUCGCAAGCGCAGAGCACUCAACUAACGGUGACGAAGAAGUCGAAUGUAUUAGAUAAGAUGCCCCCACGUGGACCAAAGAGCUCUCCGAUGGCGGGAGCAGCAGCAACUUCUCCUGCUGUUUCGGUUGCAACGAACGGUUCCGCGGCUAACGGAACGAGCCCAUCGACAGCGCAAGCAAUCAAUGCAUUAAGUCAGCAGUCUCCGGUGAUAGUUAGCGGAGUAUCGGAACAAGCAUUGGCGGAACUGAAAUCUAAAUUCGAGGACGAAUUCAGGAAACUAAAAGCCAUCAUUGUGAAGCAUGAGAACCGUAUCCGCUCUCUAGAGGCCACCAUCAAGGUAAUGGCGGAUCGAGGCUUAACCGAAACCGACGGACCAUUGCUCAACACCUCCACGCCCUCUCCCACCAUUGUCGCGGGUAAUCAAUCAGCGUCUACUCAGGACGAUCAUCACGGAGACGGUAGUGGCCAUUACACCAAUGCCAAUCUAGCGCCCGAUGAGGUGUAGAUUCUCGCCUUAUGAACAUAAAACCAGAACAAAACAAGGAACUGUCAUACUCAUGCAGUGUAUUAGAAAAAAAAGAAACGAAAUCAUAUAUUUUUGAUUAUUGUAUGUCAACUGUGCGACUAGUGGACGGUUACGUACACCAAAGUGUAAAAAAAAUGCGAGCGCUCAAAAAAGUUUUUUUAAUAAUAUAAAAAAUUUAAAUUGUGAACAGAAAAAUAUUUAUUUGUAAACAAUUUUAUGUCGAAAAAUGCAAGAGAUGUUAUCUUCGCAAAAUUUAUCUAUUGUGAAGAAAGUUAAAAAUGCCUUGUUGCUUUAAGCUAAACAACAUACUUAAGAUAGCAAAGAAAACCUAUAUUUAAUUAAGUCAUACUUUGUAAAUUUGAUAUCAGAAACAGAAAAGAAUGAAAUUUAUUAGAAUUAUUUUUUACUAUAA